AUUAGUAGAUUUAGUUCCACUGAGUCGCAAUUGUCGACAACCUUAACCGCACUGGAAAACCCGCCAUCUUGCAAGUCCCACCCGAUCUUCACGAUACAGUACCAUCAAGAUGGAAUGCUUAAAUGCAAAAAUGUUGAAGAAACUGGUCUUGAUUCUAGAGUACUGUCGCAUGUUUUAUCAAACGAUGAAUGUCUCGAGGCAUUAAACGUUAAUCUCAAAAAUUUAAAACUAAGAUUGGAAAAGAUUCCAAACAAUGUCAGUAGUGUGUGCAUUUAUGUUGAAGAAGGCGCGCUUGAAAAUGAAAAGUUAGAAGAAAUGUACACGACCACACAAAAGUAUUGCCAAGAGCAAUUUGAAAUAUAUGACUGUGAUCUUGACGACAGACGAUUUUCCUAUGCCGAUUCAAAAUUUAAAAAAUUUCUAGAUGGGCCAGGAAACAAGGUCUCUAUUUUCUUUUCUGAAGCUAAGAUGUCAGUCGUUGGACACGAUGAGGAUAUCGUCUGUUUUAGAGACGGUAUUUUGACUUCUGUUCUGCACGAUGAAGUUAUUACAGAUUCAAUGAAUCUAGACGAGGAGCAGUUUCUGUACCUAAAUAUCACACAUUUUCAAAACAAAUGGAAGUUUUCAGUUGAUAUCGAAUUAGAAGACAAUACCUGUUCAGAGAAAAAUGGCACUUGCAGUGCCAGAUUCAGUGGACUUAAAGAGGAUGUCGUGAAUGCUAAGCGAGAAGUUCGGGGACGCCUUGAGAAGUAUGACAAACAUUUCUUGAGUAGACAGCUCAAUAACAAUGAACGUUUGUUGUUUCUAGAAAAAAGAGUUAAUGAUCAUAUUCAUUGUGAACUCAAAAGGAGAAAUUGCUCAUAUCUGGUUGUUAAAGAUAUACUGUAUGUUGCAUCAGAGACACAAGGAGUAGACAGUUUCAAAAGCUAUCUGGAAAAUGCCUUGUUUGUUGAAAUCAAACGAACACUCUGCGAUUUGGAGAGGACAAUUUUCCUUUCAGAUGAAUGGGUGAAUAAGAAAUAUCCUCUUCUUAGAAAUAACACUAGGAAGAAAGUAAUUGUGUCAGUCUUUGGCAAUGAUUUGGUAGCCACCUGUUUACCAGUGGUCAGAGAGCAGGUAGAAAGCUCUUUAGAAGAUUUUCUAAAUGAAAAAAUAAAGCUCAAAAUAGUUGAAUGGAAAUGUGCAGACGAUAUCAAAGAAUUGUGUCUAAGUGUGAAAAAAGAAGAAAUAAUGGAAAUGUUGGAAUCAAAAAAAGAUGAAAUGGUGUCUAUAUCUCUAAAGGACGACGGGGUUCAUCUACGAGGAACAGACAUUGGUAUUAACUCGUGUCAAGCAAUGUUGGAAAGCACAAUAGAUGAUAGAAAAAUCUACAGGACAACAUUUACAGCAUCAUCGGAGGCAGUUAUUAAUCAAUUAUCGAAUCCAGCGACUAAGCAAAGACUUCAAGAAAUAGGGAAAGAGACGCGAUGUGUCAUUAAUGUGAAGAGCCAUUGUAAGAUCAUCAUGAAAAAUGGCAACAUAGCAGAAGAAGAUGUUGAUGUAAUAGUGAACUCAGUGCAUACGGAUACCAAUUUUUGUGCCAGACCAUCAACGGUUGCUAAAGCAAUAUUUGAGAAAGGAGGCACUGACUUCCAAAACAAACUUGUACAGAAAACAAGCGGCAGAAUGGAGUAUGGUCAUAUUGCUGUAACUGAAGGUGGUGGAAAUCUCCGAUGCAAAGCUGUGUAUCAUGCUUGUUUUGACAAGACACCAACCAGCCAAGAGGAGGAGGUACGAAAGAUCGCCAAGAUGUGCUUGGAGAAAGCAGCGAGAGAUGGCUUUACAUCGUUGUCUUUCCCGGCCCUAGGUACCGGGGUUUACAACUAUUCCGGGGCUGAGUCGGCAAAGGGACUAUUUGAUGCAAUCAUAGAGUUCUCUGAUACCAAUCUGCUGGUGAAGAAAAUUGACAUAGUUCUCUUCGAAGGUGCUCGUCAAGACGUUAGAGAGACUUACCAACGAGAAUACAGGAAUCGUUUUUGUCGAGACUCCACAUCAACACUCAUCUCACUGACCAAGGGUUGUAUCACGGCGGGAAACGUUACCAUAGUGGCGGAAAACAAACAAAACAUAGACAAUGCAAGGAAGGAGUUGGAGAAUCUCUUAACAGCAUUGUCUACAGAAGAUCAGCAGUGAAUGUAAUUAUACUGUGUGCAGUUAGAAAUUUAAGGAAUAUGAUAAGCUGGAAUAAAAUAUUUCAUAAAAUAUGUUUCGGUUUAAAUUGCAGUUGUUUUUUAAAAGGUAUUAUGAUUUGUUGUAGGUUAAG